CUCUAUUCUUUCGUAAAAGUCUUCUUCUCUCAACUUCUUGGUCAAAAGAUAAGGGGAGUAGAGAGAAGAUUUUAGGUGACUUCCAAACAAAAAGCUGCUGCCCUUUCUUUAUGUCUUGGCACGAAGUAUAAAGGAAGAGUGCAAAACAGAAGUUGGUUUUGCAAUUAAUGUCUGAUUUUGUAUCCUUUUGCUACAGAUGUACAUAGUGUGAAGAGAGAGAGAGAGAGAGAGAGAGAGAGAGAGAGAGACGAGUUGAAGGAUGGUCAGGGCCUUCAUAAGGGCUCUAUGGGGGGCUUCAGAGCAGAAGAUCACCACCAUAACCAACCCUUGGAGCUCCCCCUCGGCUUCCGAACAGCCUCGCCUCCACCGAUGAUCGCCUCAUCCUCCAUGAGCAAGGAGUCGACGAGCUACGACAUGGCGGAUUUCGAUCAAGCCGCAAUUUUCCUCUACCUAGAUGGUCAUGACCAACAGUCCAUUCAAGAACAGCGACAGACUCUGAACAUCUUUCCCUCCCAGCCCAUGCAUGCCGCAGAGCAACUUGCUGCGGCAAAGAUUAAUGGUGGCGCAGCCAUGGCGGCCAUGAUGCUUCCUAAUGGCGGCAACCCUCAGCAGCCCUCUCCCAGGAGGCCUGAACAGCAUCAGCAAGGUGCCGCCGGUGGUCUCAAUGCAUCCCCGGCUAGCUUGUUGCCUAAUUCAGCCAAGGAGAACAAGAACAGCAGUACUAAUCUCAUCAAGAAGGAAGGAACCAGCAGUGGGAAGGGUGCAACAUCGUCUAGCACAGACCAAGAGAGGGAAGCUGGGGUCAGGAGAACACAGGACCCCAAGACACUGAGGAGGCUUGCACAGAAUAGAGAGGCAGCCAGGAAAAGUAGGCUUAGGAAGAAGGCUUACAUCCAACAGUUGGAGACAAGUAGGAUUAGGCUAAGCCAGAUCGAACAGCAGGUUCAGGCAGCAAGAGUACAGGGUGUCUUGUUGGGUACUACUGGAGAUCAGCACCACCAGCUGCAGGGCCUUCCUAAUUCUGCCCCUUCAGUUGCUGGGAUGUUCGACGCGGAGUACGGGAGGUGGGUGGAAGAGCACGGCAAGCUCAUCUUCCAGCUGAGGGCGGCGCUAAAUGAGCACGUGCCGGACUGCAACCAGCUGCAGGCUCUAGUGGGCGCCGCCAUGGCGCAGCACGACGAGCUGCUGAACCUCAAGGCCGCCAUUGCCAGGGCCGACAUCUUCCAUCUCCUCUGUGGGGUGUGGGCCAGCCCCGCCGAGCGCUGCUUCCUCUGGCUCGGUGGAUUUCGACCCUCGGAUGUCAUCAAGGUAAUGUUGAAGCAUGUGGAGCCGCUGUCAGAGGCCCAGCUGCUGGGCAUCUACAACCUCCAGCAAGGGGUGCAGGAGACGGAGGAGGCGCUGAACCAGGGGAUGGAGAGCCUGCAGCACUCUCUCUCUGACACCGUGGCCGCCCCGGAAGUCUCCGCCGGCAACUUCAUGGGCCACAUGUCCCUCGCCCUCAACAAGAUCGCCUCCAUGGAAGCCAUCGUCAGGCAGGCAGAUAGCCUGAGGCAGCAGACCCUGCAGAAGCUUCACCAAACGCUGACCAUCCGACAGGCCGCCCGCUGCUUGGUGGCCAUCGCCGACUACUUCCACCGCCUCCGUGCCAUCAGCACGCUCUGGGCUGCCAGGCCGCGGCAUGACCAACAAGGCCCGCAUCCGUAGAAGAAGACCAACAAUUCACCGUGCAGCUAGCAGUUUAGCUCUCCAUCCAUCUUCAGGUGUCAAACUUGCCACUGAAUUUUGUAAGGUGUACAUACAUAUACAGGUGGGAUUAAUUAGGUGCUAGAGAAGAAUAUAUACCAGCUAGGGCAUAGCGGUUCAGACUUCGUUUGGGGCAAUUUUCUUCCUAACUUAUUUUCACCAACUCUUGGAUUUAAGUUCAACAUUCAUUUGGAUAGUCCUUCUAAUGUUUGCCGCUAAUAAUUAGAGUAGCUUUUUUUUCUUCGAAAAAGUCUUAGUUGUUACCUAGAUUUAUCUGGAUGAAUGGUUAACUUGUUUUGCUCUC